CUACUCUUCUUCUUCUGCUCCCCGACCAGACCCCCCCAAAGCCACCGACUUCCUCUUCUUUUGAGAACCGAUGAAAGGUUUGAAAUUUCCCUUUCCUUCUUGCUCAAAAACCAAGUUUCAGGCCUAGAACACUCUUCUAAACCCAGAAAUUUUCUAGAUCUGCGCUGUCUUCUUCCCCUUUGUCCGCCGGCCUCUGCUGCGUGGGGUUGAGUUCGGUUUUCUGUUCCGUGAAAUCCCCUCCAAAAUCCCGUCAGCUUCCAUGUUCGCCGGAUCCGGCUUUUGCUUGCCGAAAAAUUCUGGUAAGUUGCCGGCUCUUCCAAGUCCAAUUUAUCCAUGUAGUUGCUGCCUUGUGCCAUUGUGGCUUAGAGCUCUGGGAUUGAGUCUUCGGUUUUAUGAGAGUGAUUAUGAUUACUGACGCCCGCUAGUGGGAGUUUGCAAACACUAGCACAUGUUGACAUGUAUUUUUGUAGAACCGGUUCAUCCUGCCAAUGGGGUUAAACAUUGGCUAUUACUGACGCUUACCAGUGGGAGUUGUUAAACACUGGUACUAUUAUUGACGUCUGCUAGUGGGAGUUGUUAAACACUGGUACCAUCACUGACGCCUACCAAUGGGAGUUUGUUAAACACUGGCCAUGACUUAUAGAUGAGACUACUACUGAGUUUUAUUCUGCAUGAAUGGUUUAUCAUCGAAUGCUCUGUUAUGUUUACCUGGUUUAUCAUUGAAUGUUCCAUUAUGUUUACAUGGUUUAUCUAGCAUGCUUAAAUUUUACCCAUGGGCUAUCUAUACAUUUACUUACUGAGAUAUUUUUUCUCAUAGUUUUCUUUAUCCACCAUUUCAGGAAGCAAACCCAAGGAUGGGGAAACCAAGGGGAGUGACGAGGUAGAAGGCUAGCAAUUUCUAAUCGAAUAUAAGUUUUAGAUUUUAUCAUUUUUUUGUAAGAUAGAUUUUAUUCUUGAGAUUUUGUGUAUGAUUAAGUUCCGAGCCUUUUGCAUUUGUGGGACCCAUCUCACAAGUGUACGGCGUCUGCCACGUCUCCGGAUUUGAGUUCUGGGGUGUGAGAAAUUUUGUUUUGGUUUUUGUGAACUUUGCAAUUUUUCAUUGAUUUAACUUUUAGGUUAUAUAUCUUUUAGUAUUCGAAAAAUAUAUAAAAUAUUAAUUA